AUGGCAUUGGACGAUUUUGAUUUCAAGUUCAGCCAGUGUUUUGGUGACAAGGCCGAUAUUGUUGUUACGGAAGCUGAUAUCAUUACAGCGGUUGAAUUUGAUCGUAAAGGCGAUUAUCUAGCUACAGGUGAUAGGGGCGGUCGAGUUGUCCUUUUUGAAAGGAAUAAUGGCAAACAUUGCGAGUAUAAAUUCUUGACAGAGUUUCAAAGUCACGAUGCAGAAUUCGAUUAUCUAAAAUCAUUGGAGAUUGAAGAGAAGAUUAACCAAAUUAAAUGGUUGCGACCAACACAGAGGUCUCACUUUCUUUUGAGUACAAAUGAUAAAACUAUAAAACUGUGGAAGGUUUAUGAGAAAAAUGUCAAGUUAGUAAGUGAGAAUAAUCUAUCAGAGGGACAAUCCAUUCCCAAAUUCAAAAAUUCAAAUACCAAUAAUACUCCAUCACAUAAAAUGGAUCAGUUUACGUUACACAGUUUGAAAUUGCCAAGAUUAUCGCAGCAUGAUAAAAUUAUUGCUGCAGCACCAAAAAGAAUCUAUAGCAACGCCCAUACUUAUCAUAUCAAUUCAAUCUCUAUCAAUUCCGACCAGGAGACUUUCAUUAGUGCAGAUGAUUUAAGAAUCAAUUUAUGGAACCUCGAUAUUCCUGAUCAAAGUUUUAAUAUUGUUGAUAUUAAGCCAGCAAAUAUGGAAGAAUUGACUGAAGUUAUUACGAGCGCAGAAUUUCAUCCAGAUCAAUGUAAUUUAUUUAUGUAUUCUUCAUCGAAGGGUACAAUAAAAUUAUGUGAUAUGAGACAAAAUGCAUUAUGUGAUUUUAGGGCCAAGACUUUCGAAGAGUUUUUGGACCCCGUUAAUCAUAACUUUUUCACAGAAAUUACUUCAUCAAUUUCUGAUGUUAAAUUCAGUCCCAAUGGUCGUUAUAUUGCAUCAAGAGAUUACUUAACAGUAAAAAUUUGGGAUAUUAAUAUGGAUAAUAAACCAUUAAAAACAAUCAACAUUCAUGAUCAAUUAAAAGAAAGAUUAAGUGACACGUAUGAGAAUGACGCAAUUUUUGAUAAAUUCGAAGUAAGCUUUAGUGGUGAUAGUGCAAGUGUAAUGACUGGUUCUUACAACAACAAUUUUAUGAUUUAUCCAAAUGUAAUUAAUACAGGUGAUGAUACAAAUGGUAUCAUUAAAACCUUCGAUGAGAGUAACGGUACCAUCGACUUCAAUGGCGAUAGAAAAGCUUCAAAGGAUAAAACGAGUAUAAAAAAUAACAACAACAGUAAUAAUAAUAAUAGCAACAGCCGUGGUAGUAAUAAAGAUAACAGUAAUACUGCUAAAAACGGUUCAUCUGGUAUUAAAGGAAAUAAACGUAGUAACAGUAGCAGUAGGCGAAGUGGUAAUGAAGAUACGAACACUGUUGAUGAAAUUGUUCUACAAGCUGACAAGAGCGCUUUUAAGAGUAAAAGAUUUGGUUCACUCGCUCAAAGAUCUGCAAGGACUAAAGAUUGGGGUGAUGAUGUCGAUUUUAAAAAGAGUAUCCUACACUUCUCGUGGCAUCCAAGAGAAAACAGUAUAGCUAUAGCUGCUACAAACAAUCUAUUCAUCUUUUCUGCAUUAUAA